UGCAAACCUCGGCGGGGCCAUGCGGUCCUUAAGAUCACGACCGCUAGUGAGCUCGGCGCCGUGUACCCCAGAGAGCAUGAAGCUCCACAGAUAUAUAGCGCCUCUGGGCUCCAUUAUAUUUGGCCGAAGCUCCCUUUCUCCUUUUCUGAGCUCACCAGAGCAUGCUCUGCAAACAUUCCUGCUAAUAUCAUCUCUAAGCGGGAUCGAGGAGUCGUUCACUCACGGUCACCAUGGUGUACCAAACAAGCAAUGUCUAUUUCAUUUGCUCCUUCGCCGCCAUUGGCGGUGGACUCUUCGGUUUUGAUAUCUCCAGUAUGUCGGGUGUGUUGGGCACCGAGGCUUACAAGAGAUAUUUCAACCACCCCAGAUCUUAUGGCCAAGGGGCAAUAACCGCAGCAAUGCCUUUCGGCUCCCUCGUUGGAGCCCUCUCUUCGUCUUUCAUUGCCGACAGAUACUCCCGAAGAACCGCGAUUCAAAUUGCUUCCAUCAUCUGGAUCAUUGGCUCAAUCAUCCAGUGCGCUUCUGUUGAUGUUGGAAUGCUGGUCGUAGGUCGUGUUGUUGCUGGCCUCUGCGUCGGUAUUGCUUCAUCAAUCUGUCCUGUCUAUCAGGCAGAGAUCGCUCCAAAGGAAAUCCGUGGACGAGUCGUCAGUCUUCAACAAUGGGCUAUCACAUGGGGUAUCCUCAUCCAGUACUUCAUUCAAUACGGAGCAUCCAAUGUUGAUGGAGGACCAAACAAUCUUAGCCAGAGCACUGCUGCGUUCCGUAUUCCAUGGGGUAUACAGAUUAUCCCAGCCGUCAUUCUGUUCUUUGGCAUGUUCUUCCUUCCGAGAUCUCCCCGAUGGCUCGCUUCGAAAGAUCGAUGGGAGGAAGCCAUUCAGGUUAUGGCUCAUCUUCACGGUGGCGGAGACAUCAAUCAUCCCAAGGUUCUAGCCGAGUACCAAGAAAUUGAAGAGGCUCUUCGAUUCGAGCGUGAAGAAGCAAUCAACAGCUACAAGCAAUUGGUCGAGCGCCGCAUGCUCAAGCGCGUCCUUUUGGGCAUGUCUAUUCAGAUGUGGUCUCAACUCUGUGGCAUGAACGUUAUGAUGUAUUAUGUCGUUUACAUCAUGGAAGGUGCCAACAUUGCCUCUCCGCUUCUCACGGCUUCGGUCCAAUACAUCUUGAAUGUCGCCCUUACGCUCCCAGCUAUCGUUUACCUCGAUCGGUUUGGCCGUCGCCCAUCCAUGCUCAUCGGCUCCUUCUUAAUGAUGACCUUCCUCUUUGUUGUCGGGGCUCUCCAAAAAGUCUACGGAGUACCAAACAGGCCACCGCUUACGAAUUCCACGAACUCGGACAUUUCAUGGAUCAUCAACAAUAACAAGCCAGUCUCAAAAGCUAUCGUGGCGAUGACCUACCUCUUCGUUUGUACUUUUGCAACUACCUGGGGACCUACAUCUUGGACCUAUCCAUCUGAAAUAUUUCCUACGAAGAUUCGUGCAAAGGCUGUGUCAUUGGCAACAGCCUCCAAUUGGUUCUGGAACUGUGUGCUUGCCUUUGCUGUGCCGCCUUUGCUCUGGCAUAUCAACUGGAAGAUGUACAUGAUGUUCGCAACAUUUAACGGCGCAGCAUUCAUCCACAUGUUCCUGACAGCACCAGAGACAAAGGGCAAGACGCUGGAAGAAAUGGACGAGGUGUUCGACAGCGGGCUUCCGGCUUGGAAAGCCGUCCCCAAAGGCUCCCGACUCGAUCAAAUCCAGAAGGAUAUCGAAGCCGGCCACCUCAAAGUCUCUGCCCCAUUCGGCGGAGCACAGGUUCGAGAAAGCGAGAAGGAUAUCGAAGCCGGCAGCCUCGAAUCCCCUGUCCCAUCCGGCGGAGCACAGGCACGGGAAAGCGAGAAGACCGCCGCUCAGACGACAGAAACCGCAGAUUAAUUUAUAUACCCUCAUGCGUCGCUGGUUUGGAUUUUAUGGCUUACUAUUCCCAAUGAUACGCUCAUAAUUUCCAAGGACGAUGAUAAUCAUGCUGGACAAGGGAGCGAAAAUACCCACGGUAAUCUGGAUCUGCAUUGAGGGUUUGUGAUACCUAUUUGCUAUGUGAAUUAAUAUUAUGUCUCUCAUAUGUCUCACAUGUGUCUCACAUAUGGUCAAAUUGUAUAUAGCUAGAAGUAGCUAGACCCAUGGCGUUUAUGAAUAUACGACAACGAUUUCACGGUCAAGACUUUACCAAACACAGCCUCUCAUGAACAUACUUGCAGGUGCCCGCCUGUCUUUCACAUUCAGAGCUCGCGUGUAGUUGUCAAAGUGCUAGGAUUGAGCGUGCGGGUGGAGCGUUCCGCAUUCUGUGCGGAUCUUCCUGCUCCGCACGUCAGUCAGCCUUAUAUCCAUUAUCACUCCCCUUUGUCCCAAAUAGAACCUUGCAAGGCAC